AUCCUUAUCUCUUUUAUUACUAUUUAUUAUCUAUUAUUUGCUUACACUCUCCUUACUACCAUAUAGACUAUUGCUUGUUGUGUUUUGUUUAGUUUGGCUUGUACUUCUGCUGGUUGAUCUACUAUAUCCCUACUCCUAUUAUUAUUCUGCCGCCUCCGCCUCUACCACGCGCCUCUUUUCGCAACCACAUCAUGCCCUACAACACUCGUCGCAAGUCCUUGUCUCUUCCUCUAUUGGGAAUUCAUCUUCCAAACACAUCUCGCCGCUCCCCUUCUACAUCAAAACCGCCUCACGCGACCGACGAGAAUACUCCUCCUUCCAAAAAGGUUAAGAGAUCGCACGACUCGGCGUCGACGUCGCCAGAGCCUACAGACCGUGGCUCAAAUCCAAGCAGACCCUCGGCCACUGUUCGUCCAUCUGGUCGACGCGCGACACUGGAACAAACACCUCCCCAGUCCCCUACUGACGGUGGUGUCGCAUCCAAGAUCGACCUCGAUGGGAUAAACGACGAUAUCGUGGUGGGCGUGAUUGAGCAGUUGGAAAAGACGGCUAAUCGCCCACAUUUGGUCAAAGAGCUGGCUGCGGUCCUCAUUACAUCUAACGAUAAUGUGGCAAAUUCCGCGAACCCUGCUGCCUUAUUGUCUUCUCGCCUGAGCGCUUAUAUGAAGCGUCCUUGGACGGCACUGGCGCCAUGCCCCUUGGCUAAGGAGCUCAUUCCUAUACACCCGCGAAAGGUGUAUUACUAUCUCACUACACAAGCUCGCCAGCCCAUUCCUGAGAGCUCGGACGAUGUUAUCAUACCCGGUAUUGAUGGCAAAGUCCUGACGCCCAGUGCCUCCAGUGUGGACGAUGAUGAGGACGUCAUGGCUCGGCAACGCUCCCCGAGUCCUGAGGUCGAUCUGUCUUCACCUGAUUUCGAGGACGGGGACAUAGACCUGGACGGAUCGAGCAGCGCGGCGCAUAGCUCAAGUUUUUCUGAUCAUCGCCACGCGCGCUUGUUUCACUCGCACCGUGCCACUUCUCCGCCGCUUGAAGGCGAUGAGAAGGAGUUUACGCAGACGGCUAGCGCUGUUCGCGAGCGGGCCUCCGAGCAAAAAGCAAGCCAACUUGCGCAAGCGAAAGGUGGAUACUCGGCCCUCACCGAGGCUCUUCAGGGGUUGGAUGACAUGAGCAUGAGCAUCUCCGGGACACCGGUUGAUGAUAGCCCUCUCUCCUCCUUUGGCGACGACCAGAUGGCGCACACCCAGACCAACUACCUCUCAGAGGAGCACCAGGAGCAGUCUCGUCUCCAACAACACCUGCAGCAGCAGGACCUGUGUGAAAACGCUGCCGCUGCCGCUGCUCUUUUCGGCACUUCCCCCUCUCCGUCCCUCACCUCUGUCGCGUUGUCCAUCUCGUCUGGCACGAGUGCGCCUUCAGAUGACGGAUCAGAUAUCGAAAGCGGUCCUGGCUCUCUCGGGACUGCUCCGCGUAUCGCUCUUCCGGAAGACCCGAGCCUGGCGCGCAUGUCGACUCUGAAAAGGUCAAUAGACAUGCUGGACGAUGAACUCCCGGACCUAGACAUGAGAAUGUCUGAUCUCGCCGAUGCAGACGAUAAGAUAGCUGUGAAUGCUAUGAUGCCUCUAAACCCUCCAUCUGAGAUGGCUCUCGACUCAUGGCGCGAGUUGCAAAGUCCGGAGAGCGUGAACGUUGACGAACUCGACGAGAUGUUCGACGAGAUCUAACCGCUGCUCCCUACCACUCUCUUCAGAGCGAUCUACUCUGAUUAUCUCCGCUCACGACCUUAUUUGGACUCUUUGAACGAAUCUAUUGCUCUCCCAAUGUGCGAUCUCUCUGAUUUAAUGCUAUAUUUGUUUAAUCUCGUCUCGUCCACGCUGCUGCGUUUGUUCUAUUCUUGUGGCAGGUGCCUAUCUUUCGCUUGUACAUAUAUUUUGCGCACGCCUGUCUCGACUCUCUCACUUGAUUCCCAAUAUGCCGUGUCCUGAUUAUGAUACAUCUACUUGGUUGGUUACGGUCUGCAGUUUUGAUACGGCGUGGUGAAAAGCAUGCUGCUUGUUAUCUGAAAGAAAAUGGCUGGAGAAGGAUCAGAUAUAACAGAAAACUUCUUAACAACUAG